CUGGUUUUACAGUCUGGCACAUUAUGAAGAGAAAAAAACUUUAGUGCUCAUGCGCGAGAAACAAGUGGAAUGCCAGCUAUCAACUCCUUGCACCAUCGGUGGACAUUACACAAAAUGUGUUAGCUACUUAGCUUUCACUGACUUUUCUCUUAUGGCACACUCGAUGUGGUAAACAAAGUCUUCGUUAACCAAGACAGUCGCCAUCACAUCCACCCAGCACUGAGUCGACCCUCUUGACCCUUAACUACUUAGUCAUGGACAAAGGUUUGGUACCCAGCAGGACCAGUUCGGUCUCAGAGGAGAUGGAGGGGAUAUGUGUGAUGCCAGAUAUGAGUGGCAUCAAGUCGGAGCACCCGGGUGGAAGUGCGGACAACACAGGUGCACAGAACGUGGCCAUGGGGAUCAAGUUCAUUCUGCCCAACCGCUUCGAUAUGAACGUAUGCUCAAGAUUCGUCAAGUCACUCAACGAAGAGGACAGCAAAAACAUCCAGGACCAGGUCAACUCCGAUUUGGAGGUGGCUUCUGUUUUAUUUAAAGCCGAGUGUAAUAUUCAGACGUCACCCUCACCGGGGAUACAAGUGCGUCAUGUUUAUACCCCGUCCACCACCAAACACUUCUCUCCCAUCAAACAGUCGACAACACUCACCAACAAGCACCGUGGUAACGAAGUGUCCUCCACUCCUCUUCUGGUCCACUCUCUGUCCAUUCACCAGCUAGCAGCACAGGGUGAAAUGGUUUUCCUCAGUGUUUGUAUGGCUGUAGAGACUGUGAUUAACCUGCAGGAUGAGGAAGGCUUCACCCCCCUGAUGUGGGCUGCAGCACAUGGACAGAUUGCAGUCGUAGAAUUCCUGCUUCAGAAUGGAGCGGAACCCAACCUGUUGGCUAAAGGCAGAGAGAGUGCUCUGUCUCUGGCAUGCAGUAAGGGAUAUACAGACAUCGUGAAGAUGCUCAUCGAUUGUGGGGUGGACGUCAAUGAAUAUGACUGGAACGGCGGGGCUCCCGUGCUCUAUGCUGUCCAUGGGAACCAUGUACCCUGUGUGGAAAUCCUCCUGGAAAGUGGAGCCGACCCCACCAUUGAGUCCGACUCUGGCUUCAACGCUAUGGAUAUGGCUGUGGCAAUGGGCCAUAGGAAUGUUCAACAGGUGAUGGAGGCCCAUCUACUGAAGCUGCUGAUGGGGAUGCGAGAGUGACCAGAGCCCAGGGAAAAGCCACUAACCUGGGGACAUGAGGAAGGAUUGCCUGGGAAUGGAAAUGCAGUAUACAGCAGAUGCCAUAACGAAGAAAGAAAUGUCUGAGGACAAUCGUGAAGCACGUCUGAGGCUCAUGUGUGAAACGUUUAGGAAGCAUGUGUGUGAGUAUUUAGGCACCCCAUGUAUCCGUUUUGGGUAGACAUCCUAUUGAGUUUUAUAACAAACCAUGUAAGAAACUAGUGCAUAAACCCAAACGCCUGCACAAAUCAUGCCUUAAUGGGGGAUGUUGAAAGUUGAGUUAAUUGCACACGUCAUUUGAGAAUUCUGCCCCUCAUGAAAAGGGUAUUGGCAUGAAAGUUGAGUCAAUCACCACCUUCCGGAGACACCAGAAACCCCACCUCUAAGGAAUACCUAGGAUAGGAUAAGUAAUCCUUCUCACCCCCCCCUUAAGAUUUAGAUGCACUAUUGUAAAGUGACUGUUCCACUGGAUGUCAUAAGGUGAAUGCACCAAUUUGUAAGUCGCUCUGGAUAAGAGCGUCUGCUAAAUUACUUAAAUGUAAAUGUAAAGUAAAACAGCCUAGUGGGUCAACUGCCGCAACGACUAAGAGCAUAGACUUCUAUGCUGUUUUGGUGCCCUAACUCCCACGUAACAUCAUUCAGCGAACCUGUGCACAUACUGUGUGUGACAGAACAAAGGCUUGCAUCUCAAUAUCUGCAGUGCUGCUCGUGGCAACGUCAUUUCGCGGGCUACUUUUAACACAAGUUGUGGUGAAAUUAAGUACAUCAAACAAUACAGAUUAAUAAAAUUGCUCCCAUGUUAAGAGAAAAAAAAUAAAAUCCAGCCACAAAAAG